CGAACCAGGAUCUCCCAAAGAUUGAGUUUAUCAUGGCGGUCCAGAUGGCGGUAAAUUCAGGAGCCAGUCUGUGGGGCCCGCUGAAGGAGCUAUGGGAGACCGUGGAGGGAGCGGUGUGGAGGCGGCAGCCGGAGAGCGUGCACCUCCUCGACUUACAACUGAAGAAACACAAACCCCAUUUCCUCUCACUCUUCAAGAACCCGCCCAGAAGUGCCGAGCAGAGGGAGAAGGUAAGGAAGGCCAGCACGGAGGGCAUCUCCAUCCAGGGCCAACAGGGAUCUCGGCUCCUGCCGGAACAGCUCCUGACCGAGGCCUUCAUCCUCAGCGACCUGUUCGACAUCGGAGAGCUGGCCGCUCUAGAACUGCUGCUGGCAGGUGAGCACCAGCAGCCGUACUUCCCCGGUGUGACCCGGGGCCUGGUGGCUGUGCUGCUCUACUGGGACGGCAAGCUGUGUGUGGCCAACUCCCUCCGGUCCCUCAUCCAAUCACGCCACGGCAAGACCUUCACCCUGGAGCUGAGUGCAGAGCUGGUGACCAUCACCACCAGGUUCACCGACGAGCUGAUGAGCCAGGGCCUGGCCAGGCGCAUCCUGACUCUGGUGUCAGAGAUCAGCGUCACCCGGGAGUUUGAGCGCCUGCAGAAGGAGAGAGGCCUGGGGAACGAGAAACACAGGAAGGAGGUCUCUGACCUCAUCCGAGAGUGCCGACAGGCCCUGGCCGACUCCCUGUUCUCCUGGACUUGCCAAUCACCUUUAAGUAAAGACGACACCCUGGCCCUGAUUGGCCACCUGGAGACGGUGACUGCAGAAGCCGACGGCUCAUUGGACAGCGUGAACCUGGCCCUGGUCAUGGGUCUGCUCUACUGUUUAGACGUCAGCUUCCUGGAACCGGGGAACGAGGAUAGAGAAGACCUGCUGCAGGCCCUGCCCCUGCUGACGGAGAAGCACUACGUGUCGGCCGUCCACGCCCGGCUGGUGGAGGGCCAGCCCUGGAAGGUUCCGGGGCUGCAGGCGGUGUGCCGGCUGGCCUGGGCCCUGGCCCUCAGAGCUCUCUCCCAGCUACCACAGGGCGCCGCCCUGGUGGAGUUCACGGAGGCGGACGAGGCCCUGACCGACCAGGCGCUGCUCGGAGGCGUCUUCCUGUUCAUGACAGAGGGCAUGCUGGGAUGCCAGGGCUUCUCCCAGGAGGAGUUCUACACACGGCGGCUCCACUCGCUCAUCACUGACUUCCUGGCCCUCAUGCCCAUGAAGGUGAAGCAGCUGCGUAACCGUGCCGACGAGGAUGCUCGUCUGAUCCACAUGUCUCUCCAGAUGGGCAGCGAGCCUCCAUCCUCCCUACGCAAAGACCUGGACCACCUGAUGAACCUGAUAGGAGAGUUCUACGGUAAAGACCCGUUUGGCCUGGAGCUGGCUCUAGAGUUCUGGAACCCCACAGAGUCCCUCCAGCACCCCAGCAUGCAGGGCUCGUACCUGGGCAUGGCCAUGCAGAGACCCCCCCACAAGCAGGUGGUGCUGUCUAAGUUUGUGCGUCAGAUGGGCGACAUGCUGCCUGCGACUCUGUACCUGCCGUACCUGCGCAUGCUGAGGGGGCUGGCUAACGGGGCGCAGUGUUCCCACUACUGCUUCAGCCUGCUGAAGACCAACGGAGCGCCGCACGGAGAGAACCUGCAGGGUGUGGCGGGCAGCCCCGUGUCCUGGGAGCACUUCUUCCACUCCCUCAUGCUGUACCACGAGAGCCUCCGCAGGGACCUGCCCAGCGCAGACGCCACGCAGUACCGCCCGCCGCCACUGAGGGGCAUCACCCAGAGAGAGAUGGACGGCCUCACCGCCUUCCUGCAGCUCCUCGCCAACAUCAUCACCUGGAGUGAGAACGCGCGCCUGGCCCUGUGUGAGCACCCCCAGUGGACGCCGGUGGUAGUGAUGCUGGGCCUGCUGCAGUGCAGCGUCCCUCCCGUCCUCAAGGCCCACCUGCUGCGCUGCCUCGCCGCCUUCGCCAAGUCGCCCGAGAUCGCCGCCUCGCUGUGGCAGUCGCUCGAGUACACACAGAUCCUCCAGACUGUUCGAGCUCCAGGACAAAGACAGGCCGCUGGAAUUGAGGUGGAGCUGAACGAGAUCGAGUCGAGCUGUGAAGAGUACCCUCUGACCCGGGCCUUCUGCCAGCUCAUCAGCUCAUUGGUGGAGAGCGCCCUGCCCGUCAACCUGGGGGCGGGGUUCCGCGCCCCAGGGUUCCAGCCGUACCUGACGUUCCUGAGAGAGGCCGUGUUCCUGCCCUUCCCCACCCGAGCCUACCGCCGCCCCGCUGAGAAGUGGGAGGUAGCGGAGGCGGUUCUGGAGGUGUUCCACAAGCUCCUCCGGGACUACGAGCCGCAGGCGUCCGACUUUGUUCAGGAGACGGUGGAGCUGCAGGGGGAGCAGGUGGCGGCUCACAAGCCACCCGGACACACGCUGCUGUUCCACCUGCUGAACGACUCCCCCACCCUGGCCCUCUGCCUCAACCUACUGGGGGAGGGAACACGCCUGCUCGACACCUACGCCCCCUUCCCCGGUAAGGCCCACCUGGAGGCUGCCGUGCUGCACUGCCUGGCCCUGCUGGAGCUGGCCCUGCACAAGCAGCUGCUCUUCAUGGAGCUCCUGAGGGAGAGCCAGGCCUCGCUGCUGGUCUGCCCGCUGGAGGAGCUGCUGCAGGGGGUCAGCGCCCAGAGCCGCAAGGCCGACCACAUCGUCAACAUCGCCAGGUACCUGUACCACGGCAACACCAACCCAGAAGCAGCGUACCAGAGUGCCAAGAUCCUGCGACACAUCUCCCGCUACCCCAACAUCCAGGCCCGGCUGGUGGGGGACUUCACCCACGACCAGGCGGUGAGUGACAAGCUGAUAGCUGGCUUUGUGGAGUGUCUGGACAACGAGGGGGCCGAGGAGGGCAUCGAGAAGGGAGACGACUCAGACCCUGAGAAGAAGGUUGCCAGGCUCCGCCAUGAGACCCAGAGCCACAUCCUGAACCUGCUCAUCACCUCCCUGGAGCUGAAGAGCCCCAACCUGGCCCUCUACCUGCUGGGCUACCAGCUCAAGAAGCCAGCCUCCUCCACCAACCUGCAGGACCCUGGGGUGCUGGGCUGUCCACGCACCUGUCUCCACGCCAUCCUCAGUCUUCUCCAGAGAGGAAGUGAGAAACGCUCCGGCCCUGUCCUCACCUCUCAGGCCCCGCACCUCGCGGAGCUCUGCUACCAGGUGAUCUACCAGCUGUGUGCUUGCUCUGACACCUCUGGUCCCACCAUGCGCUACCUGAGGACCAGCCAGGACUUCCUGUUCUCCCACCUGCAGCACCUCCCCUUCAUCCUGCCCGGUGACCAGAUCGCUAGCCUGUCCCAGAUGUCCUGGCUGAUGAAGACAGCUGCCAUCGAGCUCAGAGUGACAUCACUGAACCGUCAGCGCUCACACACCCAGCGCCUGGUCAACCUGCUGCUGGACGACCAGCCGCUCACGCAACACGCAGCUGAUGGAGAGAUGGGCAUGGAGGAGGAGACCAGAUCAGUCAGUGGUUUCCUGCACUUUGACACCGUGUCCAAAGUGCGCCGGAAGCUGCUGAGUGUGCUGGAUGCCAUCGACUUCAGCCAGGACGCCCCGGAGCUGCUGCAGCUGGACUUCUUCGAGCGCGCUCAGAUCGAGCAGGUCAUCGCCAACUGUGAGCACGUCAACGAUCACGGACACACCGUCUGCAACGUCAAGCUUCUCCAUCGCGUGCUGGUUGCCGAGGUCAACGCCCUGCAGGGAAUGGCUGCCAUUGGCCAGCGCCCCCUGCUGAUGGAGGAAGUGAACUCCAUCCUGCAGCAGGUGGUGGAGCGUAACCGCGUGCGGCGGAGUCUGAGCGCCAAGCGUCAGGCGCUGCAGUCGUGGCGCAGCCUGGUGGAGACGCUGCUGACCGCUUGCCCUACAGACCUGGUUCCCCCUGAAGAUCGCCAGCUCAUCAUCAGAGACCUGCUGCUGGACCUGCACGACAAGGUCCUAUCAGAAGACGCCGCCGGGGAGCUGAUGCCCAUCGUUGCCGGGGCCGUCUUCACCCUGACAGCCCACCUCAGCCAAUCGGUGCUGUCUGAGCAGCAGCAGGGGGCGGGGCUGGAGGGCGGGUCUUCGUCGGGAUUCGCCUCCAUCGCCAACUCUGCCCUCCACCUCAUCCUGCGCAAGCUGCUCAGCUUCAUACUCUGUACUGGUGGAGGGUUCCAGCGGCUGCGUGCUCACCUGUACGGCUCCCUGCUCUACUACCUCCAGAUCGCCCAGAAACCAGAGGAGCCAGACACACUACAGACAGCAGGCAGCUCCAUGUGGGAGCGUCUCACGGCUCCGGAGGACGGCUUCUCCAAGCUGCAGAGGGAGAACCUGGCCAUCGUGCACAGCUACGGCACCACGCUCAUGGAGGUGGUGUGUCGAGACGCCUGCGAUGGCCACCAGAUCGGCAGGAUGCUGGCCCUGGCUGUGCUGGACCGCGUGCUGUCUGUUGAGCGUCAGGGAGACUGGCUGGUGUUCCUGUGUAACAGCGGCUACCUGCGGGUGCUGGUGGAGAGCCUUCGCCAUGACGACCACGCCCUGCAGACCCUGCUGUGCCCCCAGCCCCCCCUGCUCAAGCCCCUCUACAUCUACGAGAGCAAGAUGGCUCUGCUGAUGCGGGUGGCCAGGACGGGCCCCGGGGCGGUGGAGCUGCUGCGCUGCGGCCUGGUCACCCAGCUCAUGGAGUGUCAGGUGUUUGACAUGGUGCCAGACAGCGACACCAACAGGAUGUUUGUCCAGAGGGACUCGUCAGGGUUCAUCCCCAGCCCUGCACACCGCUACAGACAGAUCCUGCUGCCGGCCCUCAGGUUGUUCCAGGUCAUCCUCACCUCCACCACCACCCACCACCAGCAGGGGGCAGCACAGGUGCUCCAGUGGAUGAUCGUGCACGCUGACACCAUCCAGUCCCUGCUGAGGUGUCAGCGUCUCAGCAUGGGGAUCCUGCAGGAGCUGGCCCUGCUCACAGGCAUCAUCAGCAAGACGGCCCUGCCUGGGGUGCUGGAGGUGGGCGGGGAGGGCAACAACGCGGCUCUCCUGGAGGCCCAGGGCCACGUGGGGCGCUUCCAGAGGCAGAGCCUGGCCCUGCUGGCCCGCCUGGCCGGCAGCGAGAGAGAGCAGCUGCUGAAGCAGGCGGAGACCGGCGCCCCCGGAGACCCCGCCGAGCGCCGCGAGGACAUGGAGGUUGCCAUGCAACAGGUGUGUGCCAACAUCAUGGAGUACUGUCAGGCUCUGCUGCUCCAGAGUUCAGCUCAGGCCCAGUACAGCAUCUGCCUGUUCAGCCCCUCUGUCAGUGAGUCCAGCAGAGACCCAGCCCGGCCAGGUCUGUAUACACUCACACACACUCUCACACACGUUAUCCACACCCGUCCUGCUAGCCCUGACCCCUGCCCCCCAGACCUGGUGCUGGCCCCGCCCCUCUCCAGGGUGCCCCCCCUGGGCCUGGUCAUGUUCCUGCUGAGGAACAGUGCUGCAGACUUCUUCUGCUACCAGCAGAGCCACAGACAGAACCUGGCCAAGCUGACCAGCCUGGAGCAGCUGCCCCCUGAGGAGCUCAAGGAGCUGUGCCAGGCGCUGGUGGCGGGCUCUGGAGGGCUGGAGAAGAUCUCCUCGGUCCAGAGGAGUCUCCUGGCCAAGCGCAGACUGGUCCAGCUCAUCAACAACAGAGCCAAGCUGCUGGCUCUCUGUUCCUACGUGAUUGAAACCUGUCUGUUUGUGCUGUGGCGCCACCUGGAGUAUUACCUGCUGUACUGCACCCCAACAGACCCCAAGGACUCCCUGCUGCCAGGGGGCGCCCCCUACAGGUCACGGCUGGCUGAUGACUCGUUCGGUGGCCUGGGAGGGGGUGAGGGCCGCGGCCUGGGCCUGUCCAGGAUCAGCCUGCAGGACCUGGAGCAGCUGCAGAGGGACCUGACAGCAGGCUUCAGCGAGGCUCUGCAGAGGAAGCUGCUGGAGGUGGAGAGCGCGUACAGCCAGGUCCGCUCUCGCUACACCUUCAUCCAGGCCCUCAUCCGCAGGAUCCGGGGCCUGCUGCGCCUGCCCAAGAGAUGAGAGACACACACACACACAGCAAACAGUAUACACACUCACACACACACACACUGACUAUAACACACUCCUAAUGAACUGUGUCCACUGAGAGACAUUCUGUCCUAGAGAGCUCCUGGACUCCAGAAGGGCUUUGCAGCCUCUCCACAGCCCGGCCUUGUCUGUCUGUCUGCUACCAAGGACAUGGUCUGUCCUGGCUGUCUCUCUCUCUGUGUGUGUGUGUGUGGGUGGGUGGGGGGGGGGGGUGUCCAUGAGUGUUUCUCUACAUGGAAACAUUUUUCUUUUUGUGGAGAGCUGUACCUUAUGCCAGGCUUUUCUAGAGAAAAUGACUUUGAUGUAUUUGUGAAAUUUUACAUAAAGAUUAGGGGUUUGAUUAUUGCUUAUUCGCGUUUGUUUUUUUUAUGGUGAAAAAAUAAAGUUAUUUUCUAAUGUGA